AUGGAUGCUCUGGCCAGCAGCCCCCUUGGGUGGCUCUGUGCAGGUGUCACCACGCUUUUUGGGGUCACCAUGCUCUGCACGGCCCAGAGGAGCCCCCUGGACAAAGCAAAGGUGCUGCUCUGGAGCCUCCUGCCCGCCCUGCUGUGUGUGGCCAUGCUGGGGGCUGGCGAGGGGCUGGGGGUGUUUGUGGCCGUGUGCCUCCUGUGCUCAGCAUACCUGGGGGACAGGGACCUGCUGCCCGUGGGUGACAGAGCUGUGCUCAUCACAGGAAGUGACACUGGGAUUGGACAUGCACUGGCUAAAUACCUGGACAGCUUGGGCUUUGUUGUGUUUGCUGGGGUUCUGAACAAGGAUGGCCCUGGGGCUGAGGAGCUGCGGCGCUCCUGCUCCCAGAGACUCUCAGUCCUGCAGCUGGAUAUCACCAACACCACUCAGGUCCAGGAGGCCUACCUGACAGUCUCAGAGAAGGUGCAAAAUGCAGGACUCUGGGGUGUUGUGAACAAUGCAGGAAUCCUGGGCUUCCCUGCUGAUGGCGAGCUGCUCCCCAUGAGCACCUACAGGCACUGCAUGGAGGUGAAUUUCUUUGGGGCUGUGGAGGUGUCCAAGACCUUCUUGCCAUUGCUCCGGAAAUCGCAGGGGAGGCUGGUGAACAUGUCCAGCAUGGCAGGAGGCAUUCCACUACCGAGGUAUGCUGCCUACGGGGCAUCCAAAGCAGCUCUGUCCAUGUUUUCUGGAGUAAUGAGGCAAGAGCUUUCCAAAUGGGGCAUUAAAGUCAUGGCAAUUCAUCCAUCAGGCUUCAGAACAGGUAUCGAAGGCACAGCUGAGCAGUGGGAUAAGCAGGAGAAGGAGCUGAUAGAGAACCUCCCAGCAGACACCAGGCAGGCCUAUGGAGAGGAAUAUCUCCUGGGGCUGAGGAAUUACCUCCUCCACCUGCCCUCCCACUGUGCCCCUGACCUGUCCCCUGUGCUGGGUGCUGUCCUGCAUGCUCUGCUGGCCAGGAGACCCCAGGGCCUCUACACCCCUGGCAAGGGGGCUUACAUCCCCCUCUGCAUCUUCUGCUGCUUCCCCCUCUGGUUCUACGACUUCUUCAUUAGUAAGAUCCUGAGUGCUGGCUCUGUUCCAAAGGAGCUGAAAACAUCAGGAGAUGAAGGUGAGAACCUCUGA